CUGGUGCUCUGCGGCUCUAUCGCUCCGACAAGCCGGGGAGAGGAGAAGCUGCCGCGGGACCUCAGCGAUGGAGCUCUGAUAGAAGACACGACGGCGAGCUCCCCCCGUCGGAGAAUCGAACCCUCACUCCUCCCCACAUGACCAAAGAAACCGGAGCGGCCACGAGAUACGCAGGCGUAACAAUCAUGCAGUUCAAAUACCGACGAAUCUGAGCAGCCGCCUCCUCCUUCAAGGUUACGCCGCUCGAAGACGCCCCAGCAUCCCUCGCCUCGCCUCCCCCCCACCUCACACCUUCGCCGGUUACCGACCAUGUCCGUGGAGGAGCGUGGAUACCCCGACAAGAUGCUGCUGCCGGACGCCCGGCCGGAGUGGAUGCGCGCCGAGAUCGAGCGCCUCGCCCGGGAGCUGAGCGAGACCACGAACGAGAAGAUCCAGGCGGCGGAGUACGGGCUGGCGGUGCUGGAGGAGAAGCAGCAGCUCAAGCAGCAGCACGACGACCUGGAGACGGAGUACGAGGCCGUGAGGCAGGAGCUGGACCAGCUGAAAGAGGCCUUUGGACAAGCAUACUCCAACCACAGGAAGGUGGCAGCAGACGGGGAGAGCCGCGAGGAGUCUCUAAUCCAGGAGUCGGCGAGUAAGGAGGCCUACUAUGAGCAGAGAGUCCUGGAGCUGCAGACCGAGCUCCGCCAGGCACGUAACAUCCUCACCAACACCCAGUCUGAGAACGAACGCCUGGUCACCAUCACCCAGGAGAUGAGAGAGAACAGCCAGAUGGUGGAGCUGCAGAGGAAUCAGCUGCGGGAUGACAUCAAGGAGUACAAGUUCCGGGAGGCUCGUCUGCUGCAGGACUACACCGAGCUGGAGGAGGAGAACAUCUCGCUGCAGAAGCAGGUCUCCGUGCUCAAACAGAGCCAGGUGGAGUUUGAGGGUUUGAAGCACGAGAUCCGUCGUCUGGAGGAGGACACUCAGUUCCUGAACAGCCAACUGGAGGAUGCCAUCCGCCUGAAAGAGAUCGCUGAGCGUCAGCUAGGGGAGGCCCUGGAGACCAUCAAGACUGAGCGUGAGCUAAAAGCGUCCCUGAGGAAAGAGCUUUCCCACUACAUGAACAUCGGAGACAGUCUGUAUCACAGCCCACUGAGCAUCUCUCUGGAUGGCCUGAAGUUCAGUGACGAUGCCGGCACCGAGCCCAACAACGACGAGGCUCUCCAGGGGUACGAGAACGGCUUCAUCAAACUUGCCAACUCUAUCGCUGAAAACAACCGCGGCUCCACGCCCCGGAUGGACGAGCUGUUCUGUCCUAUACCCAGCCUCGUGGACGACCUGCUGAGCGAACUUAACAUCUCGGAGAUCCAGAAGCUCAAGCAACAGAUGCUACAGAUGGAGCGUGAGAAAGUCAACCUGCUGUCCAACCUGCAGGAAUCCCAGAAACAGCUAGAGCAGGCUAACGGGGCUUUGUCAGAACAUCAGGAGAAGGUCAACCGCCUCACAGAGAACCUCAGCGCCAUCCGCAAGCUCCAGGCCAGCAAGGAGCGCCAGUCCGCCUUAGACAACGAGAAAGAACGAGACAGCAACGAAGACGGAGACUACUACGAGGUGGACAUCAACGGACCUGAGAUCCUGGAGUGCAAGUACAAGGUUGCUGUGUCUGAGGCAGGAGAGCUGAAGGAGGAACUGAAGACUCUGAAGGCAGAGUACCAGGCCUGUCAGUCGCGGUACGAUGAGGAGCGCACCCGUCUGGAGAACGACGUCACAACACUGGGAGCCAAGCUGGGGACUUUGGAGAGGACCAGUCAGGCAGAGAAGGAUGAGAAGAACAAGCUGGAGAAGGAGCUUCGCAAGAUAAGCGACGUAGCUGGUGAGUCCCAAGGUAGCCUGAGUGUGGCACAGGAUGAGCUGGUCACCUUCAGUGAAGAACUGGCCACCCUCUACAACCACGUCUGCAUGUGCAACAACGAGACGCCCAACCGUGUCAUGCUUGACUUCUACAAGCAAGGUAAGGGCGGUCGGAGCAGCCCAGAGGGCCGCGGCCGCCGCUCCCCCAUCCUGCUCACCAAGGGCCUCUUCCCCGAGCCCAGUAGGACCGACCUCAGCGACCCAUCACUCUCCCCCCUGCCUUCUCCUGUAUCCGACCACCGCCGCGAGCCUAUGAACAUCUACAAUCUGGUGGCCAUCAUCAGGGACCAGAUCAAGCACCUGCAGCUUGCCGUGGACCGCACCAGCGAUCUGUCGCGCCAGAGGGUGGCCUCUCUGGAGCUCGGCACUGUGGCCGACAAGGACAAGGAGGCCUGCAUGCAGGAGAUCCUGAAAUUGAAAUCUCUGCUCAGCACCAAGCGGGAGCAGAUUGCCACCCUGAGGACUGUCCUCAAGGCCAACAAGCAGACAGCUGAAGUCGCCCUGACCAAUCUGAAGAGCAAGUACGAGAACGAGAAGGCCAUGGUGACCGAGACCAUGAUGAAACUGAGGAACGAGCUCAAAGCGCUGAAGGAGGACGCCGCCACCUUCUCCUCUCUCCGAGCCAUGUUCGCCACACGUUGUGACGAGUAUGUGACCCAGCUGGAUGAGAUGCAGCGGCAGCUCGCUGCAGCAGAGGAUGAGAAGAAGACCCUGAACUCCCUGCUGCGGAUGGCCAUCCAGCAGAAACUGGCCUUGACUCAGCGCCUGGAGGACCUGGAGUUUGACCACGAGCAGACCCGCCGUGGAGGCACCGCCAGCCGCGUUAGGAGCCGCAGCAAGGCCGCCAGUGCUGCCAUCAACCAACCCCACUAAAUUGCAAUAUCGCAGCGCGGACGACGAAGCACCGACACAAGGUCCAUUCUCACAGCCGAUAGAGUUCACAGAGAAAGGGUUAUUAGCACUGUAGACGAUUUGGACUUGAAGACAAAAAAAAAUUAAAAAUUGUUAAAAUCUGUGGGUCGGAUCAACUGUCCUUCCUCUCGAACACUAAAGUGAUGCAGGCAAUACUUAGUCUCAUCUGUGCGAGCUGCUGCUGGAAGCCAAUGUCUCACAAGUUCAAUGAACUGGUCGACCUCCUAAACGGGAGGUUGCGAUUGGCUAAUCUAACCCUCCAAUGAGAAGCCAGGGGAGAUGGGUAUUUUCUUUUUUUAUGUAAAUCACAAUCUUGUGUUUUUUUGUUGUUUUAGUUUAUUAUUUUCUUAAUCUGUGCACUUUUAUUAUAUAGGACUAUAACAGACUAUUAUUAACCAAUAGGAAAGCGUGGUAGCACUAUGGUUUGUGAGUAAUUCAGUAUAGAUUACAACUAUAGGAUUAUACGUCCUGCUGAAAAUCGGAAUUAAAGAGACUAUUGACUCCGGUAAGGGCUUCGCAAACCAUAGAGCAACUAUUACGGCUUCAUCCUCAAGAUUUUAUCCAUGAAAUUAUCUUUUAUUGUUUUGUUACAUCAUAUGUUAUGCUGUUGGUUUCUCUCUUGUGUUUGUUCUACUGCCAUGUUCUCUACAAAAAAAUCCAGGGUGAUCAAAUUCUGGGCUUUUUUCAUGUAUUUAUUAUUCCUAGGAAUAGUUCGAAAUAACAAUGAAACUUGACAACGCCCUGAUUCAAAUAGGUAAGUUGUGUUUUGGGGAAAAGCUCAAGCGACGUGAAAAGCUUUUCCUAUCUUCCUAGCGAGGGCGUUCCAACUGAAGCGGGAUCACUGACUCUCAGAAUUCUUUGCAAGUGCAACAAUUAAAUUCCAAAUUGGAAUUGUUUCAUUCUCUCUUUGUUUAUCGUGCCAAAUCUUGGUGCACCGUUUAGGUUGAAAAGAAUCAAGACAGAAAGAAGACAAGCCGUCAGUUACAAAGGUGUAAUUCGGGCCACGGCCGGGGUUUUUUGGUUUCUUCAGUUCUUCGUUUCUGACCAAUAGUGCCUUUCAUUGUUUCAAGGGAGAAUCUUAGAAUAGUGUUUUUAUGUUUUUCAGUUUUUUUUAUAUAGGUGAGGACCUCGGGUUCAAAAUGACUGUGAGCAGCAAUAAGUGCAAAAGGGAAUUUCAACCCUUUCCGCAUGGUUGAGGUAAUAGUUUUGAAAUUAGCUCAAAAACUGAAAUUGUUUUGAAUUCUGCGGGUCAGUGAUCCAUUCAAUAAAUUCAGGGGUAUUAAAAAAGAGGUUGUUUUUUUUUAUCAAACUUUGGGAACCAAACGAAAUCCCUUUGGCCUCCUGUUUUUGAACAAAUGUGUUGGGGUCGAUCGGUGUACUAUUGGAAACAUCUACGUAUCUCUAGCUUUGUUUGGUGAAGGUAAUGUGAUAUCAGUAGUAUUGUGGAAAAAAUGUGCAGAGGGCGCAUUUUAUCCUUCUUUUCAUCCGAUUUGUUUUGUUUGUUUGUUGGUUUGUUUGUUUUUCUAUUCUUGAAUCUUUUUUUACGUCAUCUUUGAGCAUCUUGUGUUUUCAGGAAACAGAAAACAAAAUGGGCAUCAACAAGCAUGAAUAGUGCCAUUACAGCCAAUGCUUGUUUGUUGAGGCCGUUAAAGUUACCAAUAUGGACGAGAAGCUAAAACUAAAAGUGCAAUUCAAAUACAGUUUUACAUUUAAAAAAGAAAAAGUUUUCUGUUUGCUGGAAGCGAUAGCACUGUCAUAAUAAGAUUAGCUGUGCGAACUUGAUAUUGUCAUAUUGUGUUUCAGUAUUGAUCCAUAAUGAGGGUUUGAUAUCUUUAUAUGAAAUAACGACUUCACCUGUACGUUGGUAUUUAUUUGAAUUGUCAUGCAGUACUGUAUUCUUAUCAAUAAUGUGCAUUAUGAUUACAGCUAAAUGUCAUAUGCAUGUUGCUCAGUCAUGGGACCUUUACACAGAAUUGAAAACAAACAUAUUAAAUCUUUUUUUCAGGGUGUUCGAAAACAAAAAACGAUGAGGAAGAAGGAAAAGAAAAACGAAAAGACGAGACAAAAGUCUCAUGUAUUAUUGAUGAAUUAAUCCCAUGAAAGUGUUUUGUUUGUUUUGCAGGAGGGAGGUGGUAUGUCUGUGUAAAGGUAGUCAUACUGGCAAAAAAUCAAUAAAUAAAAAAAACGAAAUCUCAA